AUGGGGCUUAGCAGCAUCAACAACUUCCCCCUCGAGCUCCCUGCAUUUCAGAGGGCUCAGCAACGUCAGGUCCCGAGGGAAGGGACGGGUAAAGAGUACCGCGGGCGAGUCCUCCUUGGAAACUUCAACUCCCAGAGGCAGAGGCGAGAGUUACCCGGCGGUGGCUACGGCGAUUACGUCAUACCUGUCUUACAGAUUGACUUGUGUCACUGUCUUUAUGCAGGUCACACAACUGGUCUCUCAUUAAAUAAUGACCGGCUGUACAAGCUCACCUACUCCACUGAAGUUUUCCUCGAUGGGGGUAAAGGAAAACUCCAAGAUGUUGUGGGCUACCGAAUCUCUUCCAAUGUGGAUGUUGUCCUACUGUGGAGGAACCCUGAUGGUGAUGAUGACCAACUGAUCCAAAUCACAGUAACAGAUGUAAAGGUGGAAAAUGUGAAUCAGCAGAGAGGAGAAAAGAGUAUCUUCAAAGGAAAAAAUCCACCCAAAAUCAUAGGAAAGGCAAACCUGGAAGCUCUGCAAAGACCUGUGCUCCUUCACCUAAUCCGUGGGAAGGUAAAGGGAUUUUGGAGAUUCCACAUCUUUCUUCUCCAACUUGCUCUGGAAAGCAUUUGCGAAAAUGCCUCUUUGUUUGACAUGCAGUUAACUUCUGGAAAAACAGAUGAGGAAGAUGUCUCUGGAAAUUGUAAAGUGACCUACCAGGCUCAUCAAGAUAAAGUGAUAAAAAUUAAGGCCUUGGAUUCAUGCAAAAUUGAGAGGUCUGCAUUUACAACCCAAAAUCAGAAAUUAGAGCUGAGGACAACGGAAGCAGGCCCAAGACUCAAACCUGGAAAGCAGGUUGCAGCAGUAAUUAAAGCAGUUGAUUCAAAAUACACAGCUAUUCCUAUUGUGGGGCAGGUCUUCCAGAGCGAAUGUAAAAGAUGCCCUUCUCUGUCAGAACACUGGCAGUCCAUCAGGAAACACCUGGAGCCUGACAACCUCUCCAAUGCUGAAGCUGUCAGAAACUUCCUGGCCUUUGUGCAGCACCUCAGGACUGCAAAGAGAGAAGACAUCCUCCAAAUUCUGAAGACUGAAAAGAAAGAAGUACUACCUCAGCUGGUGGAUGCUGUCACCUCUGCUCAGACUCCAGCCUCAUUAGAAGCCAUUUUGGACUUUUUGGAUUUCAAGAGUGACAGUAGCAUUGUCCUCCAGGAGAGGUUUCUCUACGCCUGUGGAUUUGCCUCCCAUCCUGAUGAGGAACUCCUGAGAACACUCAUUAGUAAGUUCAAAGGUUCCUUUGCAAGCAAUGACAUCAGAGAAACUGUUAUGAUCAUCAUUGGAGCCCUUGUCAAGAAGCUGUGCCAGAAUGAAGGCUGCAAACUCAAAGCAGUAGUUGAAGCCAAGAAGUUAAUCCUGGGAGGACUUGAAAAACCAGAGAAAAAGGAGGACACUAUGAUGUACCUGCUGGCCCUGAAGAACGCCCUGCUUCCAGAAGGCAUCCCGCUCCUUCUGAAGUACGCAGAGGCAGGAGAAGGGCCCAUCAGCCACCUCGCCACGACCACUCUCCAGAGAUAUGAUGUCCCUUUCAUAACAGAUGAGGUGAAGAAGACCUUGAACAGGAUAUACCACCAGAAUCGCAAAGUCCAUGAAAAGACUGUGCGCACGACUGCAGCUACUGUCAUUUUAAAAAACAACCCCUCUUACAUGGAGGUAAAAAACAUCCUGCUGUCUAUCGGGGAACUUCCCAAAGAAAUGAAUAAAUACAUGCUGUCCAUUAUUCAAGACAUUCUACGGUUUGAAAUGCCUGCAAGCAAAAUGGUCCGUCGAGUUCUCAAGGAGAUGGCCACUCACAAUUAUGACCGUUUCUCCAAGAGUGGAUCCUCUUCUGCCUAUACCGGCUACAUAGAACGUAGUCCCCGUGCCGCGUCUACCUACAGCCUUGACAUUCUUUACUCCGGUUCUGGCAUUCUAAGGAGAAGUAACCUGAACAUCUUUCAGUACAUUGGGAAGAGUGAUCUUCACGGUAGCCAGGUGGUCCUCGAAGCUCAAGGGCUGGAAGGCUUAAUUGCAGCCACUCCUGAUGAGGGGGAGGAGAAUCUGGACUCCUAUGCUGGCAUGUCAGCCAUCCUUUUCGAUGUUCAGCUCAGACCUGUCACUUUUUUCAAUGGAUACAGCGAUCUGAUGUCCAAAAUGCUGUCAGCAUCUAGUGACCCUGUCAGUGUGGUGAAAGGACUUAUUCUGCUAGUAGAUCACUCUCAGGAACUUCAGUUGCAAUCUGGCCUAAAGGCCAACAUAGAGGUCCAGGGUGGUCUAGCUAUUGAUAUUUCAGGUGCAAUGGAAUUUAGUCUGUGGUAUCGUGAAUCUAAAACCCGAGUGAAAAAUCGGGUGGCUGUGGUAAUAACCGGUGACAUCACAGUGGACUCCUCUUUUGUGAAAGCUGGUCUGGAAACCAGAGCAGAAUCAGAGGCCGGCCUGGAAUUCAUCUCCACAGUGCAGUUUUCUCAGUACCCAUUCUUAGUUUGCAUGCAGAUGGAUAGGGCUGAAGCUCCAUUCAGGCAAUAUGAGACAAAGUACGAAAGGCUGUCCACAGGCAGAGGCUAUGUCUCUCAGAAAAGGAAAGAAAGUCUACUGGCAGGAUGUGAAUUCCCGCUCCACCAAGAGAACUCUGAGAUGUGCAAGAUGGUGUUUCCCCCGCAACCAGAAGACUCCUCUUCAGGUGGAUGGUUUUGAAACUGAGCGCUGAUUUUUCACUUGAAUUUGUCUCCUCCAAAGGGAUACGAUGAAACAUGCCUAAGUACUUGCUCUCUGAGAGCACAGUGUUUACAUAUUUACCUGUAUUUAAGAUUUUUGUAAAAAAGUAAUGGAAAACUUCAAUUGAUUAAAUUUGGGCCUAUUCCGUACACUACCUGCAAUGUCACUUUGAGUCAUCACGUGACACUUUCAACAACUUUCUACUUUUCUUGUACCUCUCUCAAAUCCCAUCUAGCACAGAGAAAUUAGUUCCGCUCUAAAAAGAAACAAGUGUUUAAAAACAAAACAAGCAAACAAAAAAAACACAUACACUUAGGAGAAUCCAAUUUUGUUUUGACAGUUGACAGUCGAUAGAUACAAAAGCCUUUGAGAGAACCUUAAGCCUGUCUGGCUUUCUACAGGAAGCAUAUUGUCUGCUAAGGGUAAAAAAAAAAAAUCAGACCUUUUUCUUUUUUUCUUCUCUUUUUUUUGGGGUGAGGCUGCAGGGAGAGGCUGAAGACCAGACUUUAAAAGAAUGUUAUUAGCCAGCUUUUAGAAUUAAUAUUUACAUCUUCUGUUUUAUUAAGUAUUAAGGUAGAAAAUAUGCAGAAUUAAAACACAUCAUUUUAUCUUUCUGCUAGCCAUGCAAUGAGGCUGCUGGGAAUCCAUUCAGAUUUCUACCUCCUACAAAAAACAAAUGGAAUUAGCACAUAGAAAUUUU